ACUCGCUCCAGGGUUUAGGAGCGGUAGGGUGCAGACUUUUCAGUCCGGGGUCCCAAGCACUUCUCUGCAUACCCCGGAACCUAGAGCGGGCUUUGCGAGACAGGAGGACGUGGCAGGCAGGAUGUCAUGUUGGAAAUGCGGGAUGAUGCCUCUGCCUCAUUAAGUCCCGUAGGAAGACUGCUACACCUAGACUUUUGCUUAUAGAUCAUCACCGUUAUUCCUACUAACGUCCUGUGUCGUUGAGAGAGGAGAAGUCCUCGUCACCCCCAGUUACUUGUGGGUUGGAUUUUUGUGAUAUCCCAAGAAAAAGAAUUUUCUGAAACUCACAUGGAAGGAUGAGCAUAUCAGUUAAGAUGCCUUAGAAAAAGAACCAUGGAGAAGUAUGUUAAACUACAGAAGAUUGGAGAGGGUUCCUUUGGAAAAGCCAUUCUUGUUAAAUCUGCAGAAGAUGGAAGACAAUAUGUUAUCAAGGAAAUUAACAUCUCAAGAAUGUCCAAUAAAGAAAGGGAAGAAUCAAGGAGAGAAGUUGCUGUGUUGGCAAACAUGAAGCAUCCCAACAUUGUCCAGUAUAGAGAAUCAUUUGAAGAAAAUGGCUCUCUCUACAUAGUGAUGGAUUACUGUGAAGGAGGGGAUCUUUUUAAACGAAUAAAUGCUCAGAAAGGCAUUUUAUUUCAAGAGGAUCAGAUUUUGGACUGGUUUGUACAGAUAUGUUUGGCCCUGAAGCAUGUACAUGAUAGAAAAAUUCUUCAUCGAGACAUAAAAUCACAGAACAUAUUUUUAACCAAAGAUGGGACAAUACAACUUGGAGAUUUUGGAAUAGCUAGAGUUCUUAAUAGUACGGUAGAACUGGCUCGAACUUGCAUAGGGACCCCAUACUACUUGUCACCUGAAAUCUGUGAAAAUAAACCUUACAAUAAUAAAAGUGACAUUUGGGCUCUGGGAUGUGUCCUUUAUGAGAUGUGUACACUUAAACAUGCAUUUGAAGCUGGCAAUAUGAAAAACCUGGUACUGAAGAUAAUAUCUGGAUCUUUUCCACCUGUGUCUUUGCAUUAUUCUUUUGAUCUCCGCUGUUUGCUCUCUCAGUUAUUUAAAAGGAAUCCUAGGGAUAGACCAUCAGUCAACUCCAUAUUGGAGAAGGGUUUUAUAGCCAAACGCAUUGAAAAAUUUCUCUCACCUCAGCUUAUUGCAGAAGAAUUUUGUGUAAAAACAUUUUCCAAGUUUGGAGGGCAGCUUAUACCAGCUAAAAGACCAGCUUCAGGACAAAGCUUGGCGUCUGUUGUGUCUGCUCAGAAAAUUACAAAGCCUGCUGCUAAGUAUGGAGUGCCUUUAAUGUAUAAAAAGUAUGGAGAUAGAAAAUUGCAUGAAAAGAAACCACCCCAAAAACAUAAACAGGCCCAUCAAACUCCAUUGAAGAAAGUGAAUCCUGGAGAAGAAAGGAGGAAAAUGUUUGAGGAUGCAACAAGAAAGAGAAGGUUGGAAUUUAUUGAUAAAGCAAAGAAACAAAAAGAUCAGAUUAGUUUAAUGAAGGCUGAACAGAUGAAAAGGCAAGAAAAGGAAAGGUUGGAGAGAAUAAAUAGGGCCAGGGAACAAGGAUGGAGAAACGUGCUAAGUGCUGGAGGAGGUGGUGAAGUAAAGGCUACCUUUUUUGGCAGUGGAGGGGCUGCGGCUUCACCAUCUUUUUCUUCUCGAGGACCAUAUGAACACUAUCAUGCUAUUUUUGAUCAAAUGCAGCAACAAAGAGCAGAAGAUAAUGAAGCUAAAUGGAAAGGACAAAUUCAUGGCCGAAGGCUUCCAGAAAGGCAAAGGGGGCAGCUAGCAAUGGAAAGAGCUAAACAAGUAGAAGAGUUCCUACAGCGAAAAUGGGAAGCCAGGCAGAAUAAAGCUCGAGCCGAAGGACAUAUGGUUUAUCUUGCAAGGCUAAGACAAAUAAGAUUGCAGAAUUUUAAUGAACGCCAACAGAUUAGAGCCAAACUUCGUGGUGAAAAGAAAGAAGCUGACAUUUCUGAAGGACAAGGAAGUGAGGAGGCUGACAUGAGGCGUAAAAAAGUUGAAGCUCUUAAGGCCCAAGCAAGUGCACGUGCUGCUGUACUAAAAGAACAAUUGGAACGAAAGAGAAAGGAAGCAUAUGAGAGAGAAAAGAAAGUGUGGGAGGAGCAUUUGGUGUCUAAAGGAGUAAAGGGUUCUGAUAUGUCUCCUCCUCUGGGACAGCAUGAAGCAGGUGGCUCACCAUCAAAGCAUCAGAUAAGAUCUGUUAUUUCUGUGACUUCAGCUUUGAAAGAAGUGGGUAUGGACAGAAGUUUAACUGAUACCCAGGAAACCUCAGAAGAAAUGCAAAAGACUAACAAUGCUAUCUCAAGUAAGCGAGAAAUACUGCGGAGAUUAAAUCAAAAUCUUAAAGCUCAAGAAGAUGAAAAAGGGAAGCAGUGUCACUCUGAGAUGGGUGAGGUCAUUGUUGGUGAAGAUGCCACAGAGCGUGAAAAAGAAAAGUCGGUUUCAUCUGAUCGCAAGAAAUGGGAGGCAGGAGGUCAACUUGUGAUUCCUCUGGAUGAAUUUACAUUGGAUACAUCCUUCUCUGCAACUGACAGACAUACAAUGGGAGAGGUUAUUAAAUUAGAUCCUGGAGGAUCUCCAAGAAGAGUCUGGGGGAAAAGCCCUACAGAUUCUGUUCUAAAGAUACUUGGAGAAGCUGAACUACAACUUCAGACAGAACUUUUGGAAAACACAACCAUUACAAAUGAGAUUUCUCCUGAAGGGGAGAAGUACAAACCCUUAAUUUCUGAAGAAGAAGAAGAAAAAUGUAUUUCACUUCAAAUGAUUCCAUCAGCUACUGUUGAUUCUGCUGUUGAGACAAACAGUCCAAAGUUUAGGGAGCUAUCUCCACAGAUAUCAUUGAAACCAGAAGGAAAUCUGGAUGAACCUGAUGACUUGGACACAGAAGUUCUACAAGAGCCAAGUGGAGCAAACAAAGAUGGUAGCUUACCUUGCCCUGUUAUCGACGGGUGGAUUAGUGAGAUUAAAGAAACAAAGGAAAAUGAAUUAGAAGAUAGGAUCACCAUUCAGCUAAAUGAAGUUUCUGAAGAUGGAAUCUCAAAUGUCGACCAACUUAGUGAAGUUCAAAUAGAACCUGGAAUAGAUGAUCCUCAGCACUCUAAAAGUGAUGUAGAUAAAUCUAUGCAGCCAGAACCAUUUUUCCAUAAAGUGGUUCAUCCUGAACAUUUGAAUGUAGUGUCUCAAAUUCAAUCAAUUCUUUAUUCACCAGAAGAAUCCUUUCCACUUCGAUCUCGCUCUGAUUCACCACCAAAAAAUAAAAACAAGAAUUCCUUGCUGAUUGGGCUUUCAACUGGUUUAUUUGAUGCAAACAACCCAAAGAUGCUGAGGACAUGUUCACUUCCAGAUCUCUCAAAGCUGUUCAGAACACUGAUGGACGUUCCCACGGUAGGAGAUGUACGUCAAGACAAUCUUGAAAUGGACGAAAUCGAAGAUGAGCACAUUAAAGAAGGACCUUCUGAUUCUGAAGAUAUUGUGUUUGAAGAAACUGACACAGAUUUACAGGAGCUUCAGGCCUCUAUGGAGCAGUUACUUAGGGAAGAACCUGGGGAGGAGUACAGUGAAGAGGAGGAAUCAGUCUUGAAGAACAGUGACAUGGAGCAGACUGUGGAUGGGACCGAUCUGGCAGACGAGGAGGACAAUCCCAGCAGUGGAAGUGCCCUAAAUGAAGAGUGGCACUCGGAUAACAGUGAUGGUGAGAUAACCAGUGAGUGUGAAUAUGAUAGUGUCUUUAACCAUUUAGAGGAACUGAGACUUCACCUGGAGCAGGAAAUAGGCUUUGAAAAGUUCUUUGAAGUUUAUGAGAAAAUAAAGGCUGUUCAUGAAGAUGAAGAUGAGAAUAUUGAGAUUUGUUCAACAAUAGCGCAGAAUAUUUUGGGAAACGAACAUCAGCAUCUUUAUGCCAAGAUUCUUCAUUUAGUCAUGGCAGAUGGGGCCUAUCAAGAAGAUAAUGAUGAAUAAUCUUCAGAACAUUCUUUAAUCCUCAACUGUAUGAAAGCAUUUAAAUUUGGCUCAUCAGAAUAACAAGCUUCAGUGGGGAAUGUAGCAGUUUUUUACAAAUGAUAUAUCAGAUUUAAGAUGGGCAUGCUGAUUGCAUGAAAAAGAUGGACAAACAUGACAUUUUCCCAUUAAAAUUCUAGUAUUUUAUCUAUUUUAUUUUGUUUGUUGAGUUCUGUAGUUACCUCCUACAGAAUAUAUACUUUAUUAAAUCUUUCAACCAAAGCCUUAGAGAGACAUUGAUCCAGAACUGGACAUAAUUGAAGAAGAUUUACCAUGAAGUAAGAUAACUUCUACUUUCAGCAAAUGUCUUUAUGUUGAAGGAAUUACUUACGUUGUGAAAGACCUGUCUGUGGUUUUUUCAUUUAAGUAUUUAAAUAUGACCCUUUUUUUUUCUCUGUCUACUUGUUUUCAUGACCAGCAAUUAGGUAUUAAAUAACUUUAUCAAAGGGCUCUAUUUAAAUCUUUACAUUUUGAAGAUGGAAUUUUUAACCUUAAAGUUUAUAGUCUCAGUCCUUUUUCAACCAGUGUGUCUCCUGAACUAGCUCAGUGAAAACAAGCUAUAUAGAAACAGUCUUAGAAAUCGUUGCAAAUUUUAAUUAUGAAAGAACAGCAAAAUUGUAUUUCCUGACGUUAAAAAAAAAAAAAAGUGGUUAAUUACUCCUAUUUCUUUUUAAUGACCAGAAGCAGGAAUAUUAUAUCUAAUAAUUAGUCGGUGAAUUUUAACGUUGACCUAGCACAUAGCACAAAGUUUCCCUUUUUGUUUUUCAUUUUCUCUCAUGCAUAUGCUUAUAUGAGAUUAAAAAGGAGAAAGGAGUCAUUUUUGACACUGUGACAGUUUUGAUAACUGUUAUUCCAUAGGGGGAAAAUGUUUGUCUCUUUUGUUUCCAUUAUGAGAGGAUCAUUAAGAUGAUAGUCACAGAGCUUCAAUUACAAUAUUCCAGGUAUUACAUGCUUUCAUGAGUGACGUUGAAAGUCCAGAUGCUUUUAGUAAUAAAAGUAGUUUUUUUGAAACUUGAGUAUAAAGUAGACUGAUUGGCAUAAUCUAUAAUUUGAACAAUAAAGUUUUAUCUUGCAGCCCUAUCAGUACUAUGUUGAAUCUAUUAUGCAUAUUA